AGGAGUACAAGUUCUGCAUAUUACUGUACGUUAUGUAGGGCCGUCGGUGAUAAUUGUUUAUAUGUCCCACUUGAAUUUAAUUCCCUUUUUUCUAUUAAGCUUUUGCAUUUCCCACGUUGCCUGCUAGUAUUACUACUGGUUGACAACUUCCCAAACCCGCGUAAACUAACAGUUUUUCUUCCAAAUCUAAAACGCUCCAUUUUUUUUUUCUUUUCAUUUCCUUCACUUUCUGUAGUAGUUACACCAAAAAUAGAAAAUGUACCGUUCAUCUAGUUCCACACGAUUUUCUGAUGAGUUCUUUACUCCUAAUCUGAAAUCAACAAUUUCUAGUGAAACUGAAGAACUACCGACGUUUAAUCCUCAAUCACACGUGGCUAAAAAAGAGAGAAAUCGUCUCAGAUCUGCUGAAAAUGCAAUACAUGUUAUCCCUUUAAUAUUGGUGCUUUCUGCUAUCAUUUUGUGGGUUUUCUCUAGUCCUGCAGUUACUAUGGUGAAUAAAGCUGAUUCAAUUGUUGCCAGACUCAACGUUGCUGUAACUGAACCUGAAAUCAGCGGAGGCAGUUCAAAGAGCAGUUUCACAUCAAAUCUGGAGGCAGAGGACAUCGAUGCAACUGAUAAUUCCAUAGGUCAAGAAAAUAACGAAGCUAAAGGAUGACGGAAUUUGGAGUUCCUGUUCUCAUGUAAAAUAGACAUCAUCAAUCAUGGUUCUAAAGUUAAAUUAGUAUAGUACACUGUAUACAAGAUAUAUAGGCGACAUCCCGCUGGCAGCUUUUGGAAAAGAUCAACAAUCGUCUCGAAGCAUAGCUAUAAAAACAAGUGUUAUUGUGAAAGUUUUACCUUUUGUAUUCUACUGUUAGAUGGUUAUGUUAAAAAGCAUAUUCUGAAUUCUGAUACUGAAGUAUAAAUACAGCUAUUAGCAAGUUCGUUGUUACGAAGAAUGAAUCAUAAAACAAGAUAUGUUUACUUUUA